AUGGCUGAGGACUGUCCACUCUGCUUCCAUGAAGCCAUGGACAAGCCCUGGUUUCAGAAGAGCAUUCUCUACCUCGAACCACCUGGCGACAGCUUGCCAUCCUCGAUGGAGAAGAUGAAAACACAAGAGGCCAAAUCGAGGAGGAGAACGCCAAAGAAGAAUGUGAGGAGCCACAGAAGCUUGUCCGAGCUAGAGAAUUACGAGCUGAAAGGGUUCAUGGAUCUGGGUUUCACCUUCCCCAGGGAGAAGCUGAGCCCGCAGCUGAUGACCACGGUGCCAGCCCUGCAGAGGCUGGCAGAGGAAGGCGAAGGGAGACGACACAGCAAUGAGGAAUGCGUAAAGAGGCCGCAUCUCUCUGAGGCAUGGCAAAUCAGCAGUCACGGUUCUCCACCGUUCAAUCUACAAAAGCUGAGCAGAUCUCCUCAGGUAGCUGACAUGAAGAAGCACCUCCGGUUCUGGGCAAGAAAGGUGGCUUCCUUAGUCCACCAUGAAUCCUGGAGCUCGAUAACAAAUUAA